AUGGCUGCCUCCGGUUUCGAUCCUUUUCUCAAGAUCGAAAGCUCGCCCCAGAUCACCAGUCCUCUACCUGCGCCAGCCCGAGACUUGAGCCAGGCAACAUCCAAGUCUGCAGCACAAACACCGGCCCGCACUCCUUCACCCUCGCCGAGUGAACUCGAACGACGCUUAUCGUUGCCGGGGGUCACAAAUGAGCCCUCUGAUUGGGCUCCAGACCGAACUUUUACCUCGUGGAAAACAAAAUGGCGCGUGCUGAGCCUUUGUCUCAUAAGUCUCGGUAAUGGAAUGAAUGACAGUGCACCAGGUGCCCUGAUUCCUUACAUCGAAAAGCAUUAUAAUAUUGGAUACGCCGUUGUCUCACUCAUCUUCGUGACCAAUGCACUCGGCUUUAUCAUGGCAGCACCACUUACUCAUUCGAUCGAGCAUAAGCUUGGGCGCGCAAAGAGUUAUGCCCUCGCUCUUUCUGUCCAAGCAAUCGGCUAUGUUGUCAUCAUCUGCGAGCCCCCUUUCCCUGCUGUUGUCGCCAGUUUCUUUCUCCUUGGCUUCGGCAUGGCGCUCAGUCUUGCUCUGAGCAACGUAUACUGUGCCAAUCUCGCAAACUAUACAACAGCCCUCGGUUGCUUACACGGCUCCUAUGGAAUUGGUGGUAUUAUCGCUCCGCUAUUUGCAACUGCCAUGGUAUCGGGUGGAAUACGGUGGUCCUUUUUCUACAUCAUCACCCUGGCGGUGUUAAUUUUCAACUUGGGAUACGUCUCGUGGGCAUUCCAUGGCUUUGAAAAUGACCUGCCAAAUGAGCCAUCGAUGGCCCUGAGGCCAACCCUCUCACAGACCGACGAUGGAGAGCCUCUCUCGCGAAUGCAGGUCCUAAAAAAUACCGUUCGCAAUCGUACCACCCUACUAGGCGCUCUCUUCAUCUUUGCUUAUCAGGGCGCUGAGGUCUCUAUCUCGGGAUGGGUUGUCUCCUUCUUGAUCAGUUAUCGACAUGGUGACCCAUCACGGGUUGGAUACGUGAGCGCCGGUUUCUGGGCAGGAAUUACCGUCGGUCGAUUCUUGUUGACACAUCCAGCUUCCAAGAUCGGUGAGAAGGUCGCUGUGAUGGGAAUGAUUGCAGGCGCUGUUGCUUUCCAGCUGAUGACUUGGCUGAUUCCAAAUGUUAUUGGAGAAGCUGUAACAGUUGCCAUCUUGGGCCUUAUGUUGGGCGCUGUCUACCCAUGUGCUACGUCGGUCUUUACCCGGCUGAUUCCGCGUAGUAUGCAAAUUUCUAGCUUGAGCCUCAUCAGUGCUCUUGGUAGCAGUGGGGGUGCUGUCUCGCCCUUUUUUACUGGUAUUCUUGCGCAGAAUGUCGGUACAAUGGUAUUGCACCCUAUAUGCAUUGGGCUCUAUGGGGUAAUGGCUAUCAGUUGGCUCUUGUUGCCCAAGGUCGUGAAAAGGUCGGACUAG